AUGUCGUUGACCCACGCCGUCACCAAGGAUCAUCGCGAGCUCGAGCAGUAUUAUAAUGAGGUGAUCAACUCCGCCGAUCACGACCAUCAGCAGCGGUAUGGCAAUCAGUUUGUCUGGGAGCUUGCCCGCCACUCUAUCGGUGAAGAGCUUGUCGUCUACCCCGCCAUGGAAAAGUACAUGGGCGACAGGGGAAAGGCGAUGGCCGACCAUGAUCGCCAGGAGCAUCACGAGGUCAAGGAGCAUUUAAAGACGUUUCAGGGACUGAGUUCUCAGGACCCAGACUACGUUCCGAAGCUCAAAGAGAUCUGGACUCUUCUCUCCAAGCAUAUCGAGGCGGAGGAAGGUGAAGAUCUGCCAGCGCUGGAACAAGCGCUCAAGGCCGAGGAUGGGCAGUCUGAGUCCCUCUCGAACAGCUUCAGCCGCACAAAGAUGUUUGUGCCGACGCGCAGUCAUCCAAGCGCUGGAGAGAAGCCGCCAUUCGAGACUGUGAUGGGUCUCAUGGCGGCACCCAUGGACCGGCUUGCUGACAUGUUCCGGAAGUUCCCAGACCAAAGCAAGAUUUGA